AUUUUUUGUCUUCUAUUACAUAAAGGCAUGGUAUUUAAAUUUAUUAACAUAAGGAAUCCUUAAAAUUAUCAAAAUCAGAAGUUAAAGAAUGCCUACGCAUAUCAAAAUCCGAAUUCAUUGAAUAAAUCAAUCUAGAUUGUUCUGGAUGUAUAUCAGCCUUAAAAGAUUAUAUUACAUUCAAUCGAAAAGACAAGUAUAUUAAUAUAAACUCUGAAAUAUCACUUAAUGAUGACCUGAUUAAUUCUCAAAAGAUUUCUAAAAUACUUGCUAAACUAUAAAGUUAUGGAGAAUAAACUCAAUCUAUAAUAUCAAGCAUUUUUAAAAAGUCUGCUCCAUUAAACAAUAAGAAAAGAUGCUAAUUACAUUCUUUGAAGUAAAUCCCAGAAAUAAACAUCUAAGAACAUGUUCAUUAUAUAUGCAAUGAAAUUGUGGAAGAAAAUGAAAAUUGUAUUAUCUAAGAAAAAGAAUUUGAUUAUCAUUUAUAAGUAAUCACAAAUUAAUUGGAUUUAGAAUUAUUUGAAAACCAAAAAAUUCUGUCCAUCUUGUAAAGAAAAUAUUUAGGCGGCUUUUAAGCACUUUAAAUUAUAAAUUCCCUAACCUGAUUGUGCAUGCAGUAUUAUCUGUUUUAUAAAAUAUGAUCACUUAAAAAAUGAAAUUAUAAUUCCAUAUGAUGUAAAAUUUUUUUUUGAUUUUAGGCAAUUCUAUUAAAUGCAUUGUUGAAUAAGGCAUAAAUACAACCAUUUUAUUAGCAUGCUUCAACAAAAGAAGAUGCUUAAGAAGAAUUGUUAAUUUGUGUAGGACUUUUAAUUAAAGAUAAAUUAACAUAUCUUUUUAGAGAACAUUAAAGCAAAUAAUUUAUAAAAUAUACUUUCUAUUAAUAAAUAGGAGAUAUUUUUAGUAAAAGAUUAGAGAACUGUAAUAAAUUAAAAGAAGGUUAUUAAAGUAAAUUGGAAGAAUUGGAAUAGUAUUUAAUGAAAGAAGAUGAAUAAAAAGACAAGUAAAGAAAGAAGAGACAAUUAAAGAGAAAGAAAAGAAAGGAAUAAUAAUUAAGUUCUGAUGGAUCAGUUAGGACAAACUAUCUUUAGGAAUCCUCUCGACUAUCAAUUUCUCCUUCAAAUAGUGAGAAAAAUCUAUUAAAAUCUUUUGGUUGGUAAGGAAGUCCAUCAGUUUCUCCAUAAACGAGAAAAGAGUUAGAGAUAUUAUAAAAAGAGCAUCUAAAAGAAAUAAAUAAUAGAAGAAAAUAAUUAAGAGAAUAGACAAAGUAAUGUUGGUGUGAAUGGUGUCACCAUCAUAAAUAAAAAUCAUAGUGAUGAUAUACAUAUUUUUAUUAGAAAACAAC